CACCACGUCCGAAAUUUCGUCAUGUUGUUCUGUGUCGGCUCAAAACGGUAAAAAAUGACGCCGCUGUUCCAAGUUUUAGGUUUUCAAAUCGUCUUCAUCCUAUCAGUGUUGGCUGACAGUCGGAAUUACGUCUGUCCUGAUCCGGAAACCUGCACGUCUUGGAGUUGUAUCUCAAACGUUCCGCCGACUCCCCCGGAGCAGUUGGCAGUCUGGCCGGUCAGCAGCACAGAGCUGACAGCUACCUGGAACAUCACCCAGUGUGGAUUCCGGCCUUUCACCGACUACAUCUGCUCAGUACAGUAUUUCUCUCAGUGGGACGAUAUCGCUAGGACGACAGAAGUGAGGGUUGAAAGACCACACUACGGCUCCGCGUCCUUGGGCGACCUGACACCGUUCACGUUCUACAGACUCAGGGUCAGGUGUAUGAAAAUACUCGAUCGCACGUGGAGUGGAUAUACACCGUUUGCUCAGGGACAGACCAACGCUACCGCCCCGGGGUCUGCUGUUAAUGUCCAGACGCCAGUCACCGUCUCUAUAAACUACCGGACAGGCCGAAGGAACGUGACAGUAACAUGGGAGCCCCUUCCACUCAAAAAACACAACGGCGUCCUCCUGGGCUAUCUGGUGAGAGUUACAGACCUUAGAGUACCCAGCAGAGUCGUUGUUCUAAACACGACCGUGAACGAAACGGCAUGUACGUUAGAGCAGCUGAAAAUGUCCGGGUACAGGGUCAACAUCACGGCUUAUAACAGUGAGGGAGAGACGCCUGAAACAACGGUGGAGAUACGAGACAUGGCGAGGGUUCCCGAUCAGCCGCUAGAUCUGAAAGCGGAGGUAAGCCCAGACGGAAACAUCACGUUGGCAUGGCAACCGCCCUCGGAAAUCGGCGGCAUCGAACAAUAUACCGUUUACUGGUGCGAACUCGAAAUGGACACCACCUGUCGCGGUGGGAACGAGAACGAACUCUCUGUCCCAGGGACGUACACGAUGACAGAUUUGAUUGACAGUUGGCUGCCCUUUCGUCGGUAUCGGUUCACCGUGAGGGCGUUGACCUCAGCAGGCCAAGGCCCGCCCUCGGACAACACCUACAAGUACACCGUUGAAGGAGUGCCUUCUUCCCCGCCUACGAACGUGAAUGCUCAAGCAGAAAAUGGUACUACCCUGAGAGUGUCCUGGCUACCCCCGCCACUGACCAACAGGAGAGGGUUGAUAACUGCCUACAACCUGUACAUUACAUGCAUGCAGAAUUUCCAAGACACCAUCUGGAUUGCCGUAAACGUAGCGAACGACUCCCGACCAGCACAUUCUCUCGUGACUGACCUGAAGCCGUUCACACGGUACAGCGUGCGAGUGUCCGCCCGGACUGUAGCGGGAGAGGGGAAUAUGAGUGAACCUGUGUUCGGCACGACAAAGCAGUCAGCCCCAGGUUCUGCUCUUAAUGUCCAGACGCCAGUCACCGUCUCUAGAAACUACAGGACAGGCCGAAGGAACGUGACAGUAACAUGGGAGCCCCUUCCACUCAAAAAACACAACGGCAUCCUCCUGGGCUAUCUGGUGAGAGUUACAGACCUGAGAGUACCGAGCAGAGUCGUUGUUCUAAACACGACCGUGAACGACACCAUAUGUACGCUAGAGCAGCUGAAACUGUCAGGGUACAGAGUUAACAUUACGGCUUAUAACACAGAGGGAGAGUCGCCUGAAACAACGGUGGAGAUCAGAGACGAGGCGAGGGAUCUGAAAGCGGAGGUAAACACAGACGGAAACAUCACGUUGGCAUGGCAACCGCCCGCGGAAAUCGGCGGCAUCGAACAAUAUACCGUUUUUUGGUGCGAACUCGAAACGGACACCACCUGUCGCGGUGGGAACGAGAGCGCACUCUCCGUCCCAGGGACCUACACGAUGACGACUUUGAUUGACAGUUGGCUGCCCUUUCGUCGGUAUCGGUUCAACGUGAGGGCGUUGACCUCAGCAGGCCAGGGCCCGCCCUCAGACAACACCUACAAGUACACAGUUGAAGGAGUGCCUUCUUCCCCGCCUACGAACGUGAACGCUCAAGCAGAAAAUGCUACCACCCUGAGAGUGUCCUGGCUACCUGUUCCACUGACCAACAGGAGAGGGUUGAUAACUGCCUACACCGUGUAUAUUACAUGCAUGCAGAAUUUCCAAGGUACCACCUUGAUCGCUGUAAAAGUAGUGAACGACUCCCAACCGGCGCGUUCUCUAGUGCCAGACCUGAAGCCAUUCACACGGUACAGCGUGCGAGUGUCCGCCCGGACUGUAGCGGGAGAGGGGAAUAUGAGUGAACCUGUGUUCGGCACGACAAAGCAGUCAGCACCCAGCGGACCUCCAGAAAACGUCACAAUCGCCAACAUCACAACAAACUCAUUUGUCAUCAGCUGGUCACCCCCUAAACACCCAAAUGGUAUCAUCCUGCACUACAACAUCAGACUCAAGAAUAAGGUCAUGGGUUUUGGGAACCAGACAGAAGGAUCUUUAUGGGGUUUAAAGGAUGGCACGAACUACAGUGUUCAAGUCCAGGCGUGUACAGGAGCCGAGGAAUCCCCAUGCGGACCCUAUUCUCCUCUCAAGUACGCGCAGACACUGAAAAGAGACAACGUGGAACCUGCUCCAAUGGAUCAAAGUCACGGAGCCGUGAUUGCCGGAGCCACCCUUGGAAGUGUCUUUGUUUUAAUUCUGAUGUUCAUCGCAGUUGUGUCUGCGCCUAAACUACGCCAAACGUGCAGAAGAAUAUCGUACAUUCCAAAACCGAAAGACUUCAUCACGGAAGAGCUUCCAGCGACCAAUGGAAAGUCUACACCCUCUCUGGACCAACUGUACUUGGUCACUGACAAAGCCAAGAUGGCGCCCGAGAUAGUGGACAACGUCAUGGACUUAAAAACUUUUGAACUUGAACCACAUGAUAGCCAAUCAGAAGUAGAAACUUCAGAUGUUGAUAUCAAAGAGAACUGUGGCUUGGUAGAUUCAGAUGAAGAGGACUAUUUAAAAGUGGUUGAGGUAAAAGACAGAUUUCAAGAUUUGGAUGUAAUUUAUGUACCAAAAACUGGUAUCACAAAAAGAGAAGGUGUUUCAUAACCCCUGGCAGGUUAUUGGAAGAGGUGUAAUAUUUGGCUUUGUACAAAUAGUAUUGAAUAACAUUUAUAUAGUCUCUGCUUGUGGACAAUAAAACUAAAGUUUAACUAGACGAAUUCAGGAAAAUAUGCCCUGUGACAUACGUUGUAUUAAGAUAUUAUUUCUGAGUACGAUAUGUAUAUAUGUGUGUACAGAAUGUAUAUGGGACAACUGCAUCUGUAAACGUUUUGUUAGCUUGAAACAAACGUACAUGUAACCAAAUACCUACAAGUCGUCGCAGCAUUUGGAACUGAAGUGUUGGUGCCAUAGUCUAAAAUGGAAAUAAACAAACUUUUCAGUGAUACAAAUACAAUACCAACAAUGACAUGAAUUUAGAAAAUGAAGUGUGACAAACUGCCAUAGAAUAUGAAAGUUUGAUCUUUAUUAUUACAGUAAAACC